AUGGCAGUAGAAAAGAUUGUUGUUAUUGUUGACGACGAUUCAGCAGAUGGUCAGAUCCAAUGUACAAACCAUCCUUACAAGAACAUCAAUCCAGGUGCUAUCUGUUCCUUCUGCCUUCAAGAAAAGCUCGGUAAAUUAGUCUCUUCCUCUUUCCCCAUUGCCAUUUUCCCUUCUUCUUCUUCCUCAUCCUCCCCUUCUUUCAGAUCCAAUAAUCAUAAUCCCAUUCAAACACCUACCCACAACAAUGAUCACUCUUCUAGACGCCCUCGUAUCCCUUUUCUGAUAACCCAACGGAGAAAAAACAAGAACAAUAAUACCUCUGUUUCCGGCUCCGGCGGUUUGGAUUUCAAGCGCAGUAAAUCCACGACCACCCCUUGUCGUUCCAUUAAUUACGACCCCGAUAGCGAAAACAGAAGGGGAUUCUGGUCAUUUCUUUACCAUUCAAAGCACAGAAAUAAUAAGAGAACGGAGUAUAAUAAGCCUUGUAACGAUAAGAAUGUAUCGAGAUCCAGAUCAGUCGGAUGUGGUAGCCGGAGAUUUUCCGGCGAUUUCUUCGACCGGAUCUCAACUGGUUUUGGAGAUUGUACUCUCCGGCGUGUUGAAUCGCAGAGAGAAGGUAAGACGAAGACGACUGUCGGCCAUGAUUGCAUGAUCAAGGAAAGAGUGAAAUGCGGCGGAAUAUUCAGUGGGUUCUUGAUGGUUUCAUCGUCGACGGAGGCCGGCGAUGUGAAUGGAAAAGCUCCGGUGAACAGGAGCUGGGGAUGGCCAUUAGCAAGCCCCAUUAGAGCAUUCAAUUAUAAGAAUUCCUCUGCUUCUGCUUAUCCUUCAUCUUCUUCAUCAAAGAGAGGAGGAACAGUUAACUCUAAUAAGAUCAAUCUUAAUUCCACACAUUCUAUAAUGGCUGUAAGAGGAUAA